CUUAAGAAUUUGUUUUUUUUUCUUUUAGUAUUAUUAAUAUGAAGCCUAUUCAAUUUUAUGAUCUUGCCCUUAAAGGUUUGGGAGAAGUACCUUGGUCUCCCAAUACUUACAAGACGCGCUUCACACUAAAUAUCAAGGAACUCUCUUAUGUAACAACAUGGCUUUCGAUUGAUGAAAUACACACCGUUAUCCCGAAAGUCACAAAUACCGGUGAGACUCCCACUGUACCUGUGAUCGUAGAUACCGAGAAAGACCAGGUCAUUCAGGAUUCUUUCAAGAUUGCAAAGUAUCUGGAGGCCACAUACCCUCAGACGCCUAGUUUAUUCCAUGGCAAUGAACAGCUGCAUACAUCCAUGCAAGAGACAUUUGACACUCGCCUGCUCCGUCAUCUCUUUUGUCUUUCGGUCCUGGCCAUCUAUAGAAACUGCGGUGACGAAAGUAUGCAGGCUGAGUUCCGUAAGAAUAAGGAACAAAAGUUUGGGGUUACUCUUGAACAAUUUGCAGGAAAUCCAGAGGACCAUAUCAAGGAAAUCGGCAAUAUCUUGAAGGACACCAAGAAUACUUUGACAGAAACACUUUAUCUGACUGGAUCCAAAGUUGGAUGGGCCGAUGUUGUGCUGGCUUCCUACCUAAAGAUGGUGGAUGUUCUGAACCAUGAUGUUUUUGAAUCUGGUAUCUUGGGUAGCAAAGAAGCCGAAGAUUCUCUAAGAAAAUGGUACGAGCGUAUGUCUCGAUACGCAUAAGUUGACUUGUAAAAUGAUAUUUAUAUUAUCUCUUUCUCCGUGUGUGUGUAUUGGGUGUGGUAGAGAUCAAAAGUGAUUUUGAUGUUAGUCAAGUAUAUAAAAGCCAUAAAUAAAAGUAGGAAGAUGUUUGGACUGAUU